GCGGAGGAGCCGGGGAGCAUGGACCAAACCCUGCUGCUCUGGCACCAUGACGCUCGCCCGCUUCGCGGUGGCUCUGGUGUUAGGGGCGCUCCCCGAAGUGAUCGGCUUCGACCUAGUCCCCAGUCGCCCCUUGCACCGCCGCUCCCGCCACGCGCCCCCUCCGGGUCCCCGGCGCCCUUCCUACCUCCCCGCCCCGCAGCGGCCCCCGCGCGCGCCGCGGCCCCACCGCGGGGACUGCCCGGCCGGCGAGCCCUGGGUCAACGUGACGGACUUCGGCGCCCCUUGCCUGCGCUGGGCGGAGGUGCCACCCUUCCUGGAGCGGUCGCCCCCGGCGAGCUGGGCUCGGCUGCGAGGGCAGCGCCACAACUUCUGCAGGAGCCCGGACGGCGCGGGCGCUCCCUGGUGCUUCUACGGGAGCGGCCAGGGCCGGGUGGACUGGGGCUACUGCGACUGCAGGCACGGGUCAGUACGACUUCGAGGCGGCAAACACGAGUUUGAAGGCACAGUGGAAAUAUAUGCAAAUGGAGCUUGGGGCACAGUCUGUGGCAGCCACUGGGACGAUUUGGACGCAUCAGUCAUUUGUCACCAGCUGCAGCUAGGAGGAAAAGGAGUAGCAAAACAAACCCCGUUUUCUGGACUGGGCCUUAUUCCCAUUUAUUGGAGCAAUGUCCGUUGCCGAGGAGAUGAAGAAAAUAUACUGCUUUGUGAAAAAGACAUCUGGCAGGGUGGGGCGUGUCCUCAGAAGAUGGCAGCUGCUGUCACGUGUAGCUUUUCCCAGGGCCCAGUGUUCCCAGCCAUCCGCCUUGUGGGUGGGAGCAGCGCAUGGGAAGGCCGAGUAGAGCUCUACCACGCUGGUCAGUGGGGGACCAUCUGUGAUGACCAGUGGGAUGAAGCGGAUGCUGAAGUGAUCUGCAGGCAGCUGGGCCUGAGUGGCAUUGCCAAAGCUUGGAAUCAGGCGUAUUUUGGGGAAGGCUCUGGUCCAGUAAUGUUGGAUGAGGUACGCUGCACUGGGAAUGAGCUUUCUAUUGAACAAUGUCCAAAGAGUGCCUGGGGAGAGCAUAACUGUGACCAUAAAGAAGAUGCUGGGGUGUCCUGUACCCCUCUAUCAGAUGGGGUCAUCAGACUUGGAGGUGGUAAAGGCAACCAUGAGGGUCGCCUGGAGGUGUAUUACAGGGGGCUGUGGGGGACCGUCUGUGACGACGGCUGGACUGAGCUGAAUACAUAUGUGGUUUGCCGAGAGCUGGGAUUUAAAUAUGGCAAACAAGCCUCUGCAAACCACUUUGAAGAAAGCACAGGGCCCAUAUGGUUGGAUGACGUCAGCUGCACAGGAAAGGAAUCCAGUUUGGUUCAGUGUUCCCGGAGGCAGUGGGGAAGGCAUGACUGCAGCCAUCGGGAAGAUGUUGGUAUCACCUGCUACCCAAGUGGCAAUGGACACAGACCAUCUCUGGGUUUUCCUAUCAGACUGGUGGAUGGAGAAAAUAAGAAAGAAGGACGAGUGGAGGUUUUCAUCAAUGGCCAGUGGGGAACAAUUUGUGAUGAUGGGUGGACUGAUAAGGAUGCAGCUGUGAUCUGUCGCCAGCUUGGGUACAAGGGCCCUGCCAGAGCAAGAACCAUGGCUUAUUUUGGGGAAGGAAAAGGACCCAUCCAUGUGGAUAAUGUGAAGUGCACAGGAAAUGAGAGGUCCCUGGAUGACUGUAUUAAACAAGAUAUUGGAAGACAUAACUGCCGCCACAGCGAAGAUGCAGGAGUCAUUUGUGAUUAUUUUAGCAAGAAGGCAACAGGCAACAGUAAUAAAGAAUCCCUCUUAUCUGUUUGUGGCUUGAGAUUACUGCACCGUCGGCAGAAGCGGAUCAUUGGUGGGAAAAAUUCUUUAAGGGGUGGUUGGCCUUGGCAAGUGUCCCUCCGGCUUAAGUCCUCCUAUGGAGAUGGGAGGCUCCUUUGUGGGGCCACGCUCCUGAGUAGCUGCUGGGUCCUUACAGCGGCACACUGCUUCAAGAGGUAUGGUAACAGCACAAGGAGCUAUGCUGUUCGGGUUGGGGAUUAUCAUACUCUGGUGCCAGAUGAAUUUGAAGAAGAAAUUGGAGUUCAGCAGAUUGUGAUUCAUCGGGAGUAUCGACCUGACAGCAGUGACUACGACAUUGCCCUGGUUAGAUUAGAAGGACCAGAUGAGCAAUGUGCCCAAUUUAGCAGCCACGUCUUGCCAGCCUGUUUGCCAUUCCGGAGAGAGAGGCCACAGAAAACCGCCUCCAAUUGUUACAUAACAGGAUGGGGAGACACAGGACAAGCCUAUUCUAGAACUCUACAACAAGCAGCCAUUCCUUUACUUCCAAAGAGGUUUUGUGAAGAACGUUAUAAGAGUCGGUUUACAAGAAGGAUGCUUUGUGCUGGAAAUCUACAUGAACACAAACGUGUUGACAGCUGCCAAGGAGACAGCGGAGGACCACUCAUGUGUGCUCGAUCAGGAGAAAGCUGGGUUGUAUAUGGAGUUACCUCGUGGGGAUAUGGCUGUGGAGUCAAGGAUUCACCUGGUGUCUAUACCAAAGUCUCAGCUUUUGUACCCUGGAUAAAAAGUGUCACCAAAUUGUAAUUCUCAUGGAAACCUGAAAAUGCAGGAAAAUUUUCAAACUCCACAUUAGCACUCAGCCAUAGAUGCCAACUUUUGGGGAUGAGAGCCAUGUUUCUUCUUUUGUGUUGUGAUUAAAUCAUGCGCAUCAUUUGCUGCUUGAGAAUUUGUGAUUGUGAACAUUAUUAGAUACCUCAGUGUAGUACUAAUUAUCCUUAAAUUAGCAUGGUUGUCUACCCAAAAACUACUCUGAAGACAAAGGUCUUCAUUCUCAGCACUCUCCAGGGAUUACUGUAUAUCAAUUGUGCAAUAUGGCUGUUUUUAUUCAUCUGGAUCAAGAGCUUAUAAUUGAAUCAAUACUCUGUUAUACUUAAGAGUGAUACUGUGGAAUUAUUAGACUUAGAUUUUCUUCAAAAGGCUAAGAGAUCUUUAUACAUUGAAUCUUUGUCAACCUUUGACAAGUGAGGAAAUCAAGAGCCAAAAAGGUGAAGGAAUCCAUUAUAAACCUAGACUGGAAUAGGAUCAGUCACAAUACAUUCCUGAAUGAACCCUCUGUACCAUGCACUAUGGCAACACAUACCUAGCAAAUUACCUAGCAAAAUUUGGAAAAAUACCAGAUAGCAAAGAAUGCCUUCCAAGUUUUGGGAUAUACAACCUAAUUUAUCCACUUUAUUUGUUAACAUCCUCUAGCAGUUACUUUCAGCUACUUCUAAUUUACAUCUUGAUAAAAUUUUUCCUUGGCAUCAUGCCAUUUGCUGGACCAUGAAUAUAGUGCCAUCUAUUGCAACUUUCCUAUAAUGACUCAGACCUGUAGAUUUCCAUUAUCCUGAUAGUACCAGCUAAUAAAAAUGCAGUUAAAAAAAUGCUCUCUGCUUGUAUAGCGGGUAAACUCAUUUGUUUCAAUGUACUUAAUUCAUAUACCAGCUAUGUGCUAGGCACUGUGUAAGUGGCCAUGCACCUCACUGACAAACUUGAGAGGCUGGUAAGAUUUUAUAGUAUCCCUAGCUUUCAAAUAGACUCAGAGGACUGGUGAGACAGUGGGAUCCAAACUUCAGAAUGGGAGCCCCAGUGUUGACAGUUUUCCCCCUCUACUGCAGUUUGAAAACCAAGUUUUCUCUCUAGCUAUUUCCCAACACAGUACUGGACAGCUGCCUUCUAUGUACCCUUUCAAGACAUUCUUCCUAACAAUGCAAAAUCUUUGCCCAAACAUAAAAGGCGUGCCCCUCAGGCUACGUAAGUAAUCACCAACAGACAACGAUUGCUAAUACCUAGAGCCCUUAGAUAGUUUGUGUAUAUUCAAGAAGCAGAUGCAUAAAAACAGGUGAAGAGAUCAGUGUGAACUUUUACUAGUUUCCCUAUGUCUACUUCUAUCCUUUUUGUAAAUCUUCAGCUCUGUAAAAAACUGGUGCUAACAGAAAGGUGCUUUAUAGUUUACUACUUUGCAGAACUGCAAUGCUAUGUCAGGUAGAAUAACAUUAAAAACUUUUAUUUAAGUUUGAUAAAGUAAAAACUUUUCAAGUAUUUACAUCAAGAGGUACACAGUGCACACCUGCACAAAGGCUUGAGACAAUGUGCAGGAGACAUUUUAUUGUUAAUGAAACUUCGCACAGGCCAUAUAUUAAACUAUAGUGUAGAUGCAAGCAAAUUUAUAUUGAAAUUUUAAUAGACCAGGUCAGGACAGUUUAAAGACAGAUCACUAAAACUUGAAUGCUUGGUUCAGAAUAUAUGCCUUUAUUAAUAGCUUUUUCUUGUUAAAUACUAAGUGUGACUUUUAAAAAACACAAGUGUUCAGUGCACAUCUGUACAAAUAAAAGUGCAUAGCUGUUCACCUUG